AUGAUGGAAGGCGAAUUAAAGCAUAAUAUUGCAAAGUUACUCGAGGAGUUGCGAUUUGUUGUAAAAUCGGAGAAAGAAAUUGAAGAUAUUAUCCAAGUUUUAGAUUCUAUUGUCAAUGUUAGCAAAACUUCUAUUGGAGAAUCUACAGAGUUCACAGUGGACGAUGUCUUUCUAACAUUGUUGCAUCAUGAAUCCAAAGAAAUCAUUGCAAAGACUGCCAAGGCAAUCGCAGAAAUUGCCAAAAGUGAACGAGGAAGAGAGAAAUGCACUACCAUGGACAUAGUGAAUGCACUGAUAAAUCUGUUAAAAGAUGAUCGUGUUGAUGUGUUAACACAAACUUCCAGGGCUUUGGGAAAUAUUUGUUACGAGAAUGAAAAUGGCAAGAAAUUUGUCGAAGACCAAGAUGGAUUAAGGUCAAUCCUGGCAGUAUUGGAGAAGAGUGUUACACUAAGAAACUUGGACGGUGCUCCAUUUCUCCGCAAUGUGGCGGCAGGUCUUCUUUUGAAUUUUCUUAUCGACCGGUCAUCCAUUAUCAAGGAGGCAUUGCAACAGGAAACUGUACCUAUUAUAUGCAGUGUUCUGGAGAUCGAUGGCACUGUGGGUGGAGAAUCAGCAAUGCAUGCAUUAUUGAUAUUAGGAAUAUUGAAUGACGCCAGUACAGAGUUCCUAGAUGAAAGACUCACGAAAAUUUUGGUAGAUAUUCUCGCGAGCGACACAUCGUCGGAACUUUCUGAGAUGUGCUUAGAACUUCUUCAUGGUCAGGCAGAAAAUGAGAACGCAAAGUUGCUGCUCGCAGAAGCAGGUGUCUGUGAAUUGUUGCUGAAGCUUUUGGAGAAGCACAGUCCGUAUUGCACUGACGAAGAGGCCAGAUCAGUCCUAAAAAUUGCUUGCAAUCUAAUUAUUCUUGUCUUAACUGGAGACGAGAGUAUGAACAGCUUGUAUGAUAACAGUAAGGGUGUUGUGUAUAAGAAGUUAGUCGAGUGGCUUGAAAGCGGAGACAAAGAUUUACAAAUCACAGCAGUAUUAGCGAUGGGCAAUUUCGCGCGCAGCGAUGCCCAUUGCAAGCUCAUGGUUACGCAAGGUGUUCACAGGAGUCUUCUUAAACUACUACAGGAUAAUAAUACGGACACUGCAGACAUUAGGUUUCAGCACGCUUUGCUCAGCGCUUUGAGGAAUCUUGUAAUUCCUGCGGACAACAAGCCUGUAAUAUUGAACGAUGGAUUGAUAGAUGUUUUAUACCCGAUGUUGAAUAUUCCAUCGUACCCUGUGGUUUUUAAACUGUUGGGAACUUUGAGGAUUGUUAUCGAUGGUCAAUGCAAAGCUGCUAUGCACUUGGGAAAGAGAAGUGAUUUAAUAAAGAAGACCGUUGAGUGGUGCGAAGUGGAAGAGCAUCCUGGGGUUCAGGGUGAAGCGAAUCGUUUGAUCGCUUGGCUGAUUAAUAAUAGCAGGAAUAAGGAGAUUGCACUUCCGAUGAUAAAACAUGGGGCAGUCCCGCACCUGUUGAAAAUGUUAACGUCACAGCACAUUUUAAUGCAAAUCGAAGCUCUGAUUAGUUUAAUGGUAUUGACCACGAGCUGUUUAACAGAAUGUGAAAAGUGUCUUCUAGAGGCUGAAGUAGGAGAGAAACUUUGCAGGUUCUUUGAAACUGCAAAUAAUUUGGAAGCACCGAUUCUGUACAAUGCUGUGUCCUUAUUGGAAAAUAUGGUUAAUUCAGACACAUUAAGAGAACACCUUCGAGAAAGUAAUUUAAAAUCUCUGUGUCAGAAUGUGGCAGAAGACCAAUGGGACUCAAUUGUGGAAAAUAAAUUGCAAAAUAUUUGUGAGAAACUCGAUUGAAUAAGAGGCAGGACACGAGUGUUUGAACUCUUAUA